AUGACGUCGCUCUGACUGUAAGUCCGACCGACUCCUUCGUUUGUUUUUGAUUACUCUUUUUUAUCUAGGGCCCAGAAUCGGCAAUCUGCAAAAUUGCGGCCAUAAUGUGAGAUCGUCUGCCGCUGUCGUCCGACCCGUCGCUGUCGUUCGUCCUGUCAGGAGCAGCGGCUCGCUGUUGACGAUCACCACUGACAAUACGCAGUAGACUUCUCCAGUGUGUCUAGCUGUCAAACUGCAAACUAUCUAUUGGAAAGAGUAGACAGAACACACUGGCUGAUAUUUAUUGACUUUGCUCGGCGUGUCUUUUUUUUGUCCUCUGGAUUAUCGCUGCCCAGCAACACAGCCACCUGACAACUCUGAAUGUCGUAAUUAAUUAAGGUGAAUCGAUGAGCCAGCAAUGGAGACCAAAAGAUACCAAAGUUUCUUUGAUGGAAAUGAUACAGAAAACAGAUGGUCUCAGGUCCCUAACACUAUGGAGUACUGCUGCAGCACAGAGGAUUCAAGUCUGACUAACAGUGAUAUCCUGAUGGACAUAGUCAAUGUCAGCUGCCCCGCUGGAAGCCCAGCAACUGACUGCAAAGACAACAAUGCAAAGACGCAGGAGCAGCCAAUGCUUCGGCUCAGCCAGAACCAGCCAUUUGUUCUCCCACACUUCAACAACUCUCUUCAUGGUCAUAAGCAGGAAAUGGACUCCAAGGAGCUUUCCAAGACUGUGGCUGAGUCCAUGGGGCUGUAUAUGAAUGCUGCCAGGGAGGCAGACUUUGCCUUCAGCCAGCAUGGGGGUAGUACUAGCCCCGGGAAGAUGUAUCCAGUAUGUGGACGGCCACUAGAGGAGAGUCAGUGUGGCUCCACAAAGAGCCCCAAGUUAAAGCCAUUUGGUUUCCAGCAGCCCAGCACCACUCCUAGAGAACGCACCGCUGGGACUCCAGUUAGCUCAGCUACUAUGCUGGCCUCUUCUUUGUCCUGCAGUCCCCAGACCUCCAGCUCCAUCUCCAGCCCUGGGGGCAGCAACAAUAUGGUGUCGUCUACUACCAGUCCCCCCACAUGCUUUGGACCAAUGUGCUCGUCCGUCAGUAGUCCUGUCAGCCAGACAUCUUGUGCACCAGCGCUGGCCAACAUCAAGCACAGGAAUUCUGCCACAUGUAGCCCUGUAGAGUCCAGCACAGUGGGCUCACCACCACUUACCAGCCCGCUCAAUGUCAUGAGGUCCCCCAUUUCCAGCCCCCAGAGUAUGAGUAGUGUUAGGUCGCCUCCGUCCUGCAGCACUACCUGUAACAUUCGGUCAUCUGUCUCAAGCCCCACAGGUGGCAGCUGCACCAGCACUGCCAACAACUGCAACACAAUAAGGCCCUCCAUCUCCAGUCCGGCCACAGGGGGCACUAUGGCUGUCAGCAGCCCACAGAAUCCCUCCUCUGCUGGGUUUCCUGUGUCCAGUCCUGCUGGGGGACUGGGUUUGGUGCAGAAUGACACUAAUAGCCCAGAAGCGACAGGUCUGACUAGAGACCCAGACUUCAAGAACUUUGAGUUCCCUAAAGUAGAGAUGGUAGACGGGGAGGUGUUUAACGUCGGCUUAGACCAGAUGGGCAUGGUUAAGUACAUUAAGAACGAACCUGGAACUGAUUUCAGGAGCAUGUGUUUAGGCAGCUCCAAAUGUAAUGCGAAUAGCACACCCUUUAUCACACAGAUUAAGAGUGAGCCUAAUAAAAAUCAGGGAUGUAUGAAUCAACAGUCCUACAGUGAGCCGUCACCGUCUCUUGGUCUCUUCCCUGCAUCCGAGACCACCUAUUUGUCCCUGAGGAAUAACAUUGAUGAAUACAGUCUUUCUGGUAUCUUAGGACCCCCUGUAUCCUCUAUGAAUGGGAACUAUGAGCCUGAUGUGUUCUCCAACAAUGUCCUGUCUAAAGGGGUUAAGCAGGAGUCCAAUGAUGGCAGCUAUUACCAAGAGAAUAACAGCGUGCCCACAUCGGCCAUUGUUGGAGUUAAUUCCGGUGGACACUCAUUCCAUUACCAGAUUGGAGCGCAAGGAACAAUGUCUUUCACGCGGCAUGAUGUGAGGGACCAGUCCAACCCUUUGUUAAAUCUAAUUUCGCCCGUAACGGCGUUAAUGGAGUCGUGGAAAUCUCGGCCCGGCAUGUCACAGGGGUCACUGUCGGCCAGAGUUGAGGGAUACCCGGGUCAGAACUCCCUCACGGACGGCAUGUCAAGCUCACCCCUGAGACAGCCAUCCUCAACGGCCAAAGUGUGCCUGGUUUGUGGAGACGAGGCAUCAGGAUGUCACUAUGGUGUCGUGACAUGUGGAAGCUGCAAAGUCUUCUUCAAAAGAGCUGUAGAAGGUCAGCACAACUACCUGUGUGCCGGGAGAAAUGACUGCAUCAUUGACAAGAUCCGAAGGAAAAACUGUCCGGCAUGUCGUGUACGGAAGUGUCUCCAGGCUGGGAUGAACCUAGGAGCACGAAAGUCCAAGAAGUUGGGGAAGCUGAAGGGAGUCAGCGAGGACCUGCAGGGCUCUAAGGAUGGCCAAACUGCUACAGGUGCCAUUGGAGGCAGUUACCUGUCCUCAGAAAAGGAGCUGAAUGCCAGUGCUGCCAAUGCCCUGGUGCCCCACGGGCCUGGGGUAGUCACACCUUUUCUGCCACCCUCCAUCUGCAGUGUGUUGGAGCUGAUUGAGCCUGAAGAGGUGUACUCUGGCUUUGAUAACACGCUGCCUGACAGCACUGACCACCUGCUGUCAAGUCUCAACCGCCUGGCCGGAAAGCAGAUGGUACGCUUGGUGAAGUGGGCCAAAGUACUUCCAGGUUUCCGAGGCCUGCCCAUUGAGGACCAAAUCACCCUGAUCCAGUACUCGUGGAUGUGUCUGUCCUCCUUUUGCCUCAGCUGGCGCUCCUACAAACACACCAAUGGACAGAUGCUCUACUUUGCCCCUGACCUCAUCUUUAAUGAGGACCGCAUGCAGCAGUCAGCCAUGUAUGACCUGUGUCUGGGCAUGAGGCAGGUGAGCCAGGAGUUUGUUCGACUGCAGCUAACCUAUGAUGAGUUCCUCUCCAUGAAAGUCCUUCUGCUUCUCAGCACAGUUCCCAAAGAGGGUCUGAAGAACCAGGCGGAGUUCGAGGAGAUGAGGGUUAAUUACAUUAAGGAGCUCCGGCGCUCAGUGGGAAAAGCAACCAACAACUCUGGCCAAACCUGGCAGCGCUUCUUCCAGCUCACCAAGCUACUGGAUGCCAUGCAUGAUCUGGUGGGGAACCUGUUGGACUUCUGUUUCUACACCUUUCGUGAGUCCCAGGCCCUGAAGGUGGAGUUCCCUGACAUGUUGGUGGAGAUCAUUAGUGACCAGAUACCAAAGGUGGAGUCAGGCCUCACUCACACAAUCUACUUCCACAAGAAGUGACUCACUGAACAGCUGGGACA